UCAGAGCGUAGGAGCGCAGCGGCCGGGGAGGAGGCUGGCCAAUCAGCGUGCGAGCGGUGACGAGGGGGCGGAACCUUCGCGCAAGCGGCUCUGCGCAGCUCCCGCUGUGCUGCGGGAGCCGGAGCGGAGCCCGAGACUCGGUGAUAGCUGGGUUGAAAAUUAGCUGAAUCCGGAGCCUGGCAGACUGAACACCUGUUCCUCUCCCGAGGGCAUCUUCACCAUGAUUCAUAGUCUUUUCCUGAUCAACUCCUCUGGAGAUAUCUUCCUGGAGAAACACUGGAAAAGCGUGGUCAGCCGUUCUGUCUGUGACUACUUUUUCGAGGCCCAAGAGAGAGCUACGGAGGCAGAGAACGUGCCUCCAGUUAUCCCCACCCCCCACCACUACCUCCUCAGUGUUUACCGGCACAAGAUCUUCUUCGUGGCCGUGAUUCAGACAGAGGUCCCUCCUCUGUUUGUCAUUGAGUUCCUUCAUCGGGUAGUGGACACGUUCCAGGACUAUUUUGGAGUGUGCUCAGAGCCGGUCAUCAAGGACAAUGUGGUGGUGGUGUACGAGGUGCUGGAGGAGAUGCUGGACAACGGCUUCCCCCUGGCAACGGAGUCGAACAUCCUCAAGGAGCUGAUAAAGCCCCCCACCAUCCUCCGCACGGUGGUGAACACCAUCACAGGAAGCACGAAUGUCGGGGACCAGCUUCCAACGGGGCAGCUGUCCGUGGUGCCCUGGCGGCGGACCGGGGUGAAAUACACCAACAAUGAGGCCUAUUUCGAUGUGGUGGAAGAGAUAGAUGCCAUCAUCGACAAAUCAGGUUCCACGGUCACCGCUGAGAUCCAGGGGGUGAUCGAUGCCUGUGUGAAGCUGACGGGGAUGCCAGAUCUCACUCUGUCCUUCAUGAACCCCAGGUUGCUGGAUGAUGUCAGUUUCCAUCCCUGUGUCCGGUUCAAGCGCUGGGAAUCUGAGCGCAUCCUUUCCUUCAUCCCUCCUGACGGCAACUUCCGCCUCCUCUCCUACCACGUCAGUGCCCAGAACCUAGUUGCAAUUCCAGUCUAUGUCAAACAUAGCAUCAGCUUCCGGGACAGCAGUUCACUUGGACGCUUUGAAAUCACAGUGGGACCCAAGCAGACCAUGGGGAAGGCCAUAGAGGGUGUGACCGUCACCAGCCAGAUGCCCAAAGGAGUCCUGAAUAUGAGCCUCACGCCAUCCCAGGGAACGCACACGUUUGACCCCGUGACAAAGAUGCUGUCGUGGGACGUAGGAAAAAUAAACCCGCAGAAGCUGCCAAGUUUGAAGGGGACAAUGAGCCUCCAGGUUGGAGCUUCUAAACCAGAUGAGAACCCCACAAUUAACCUGCAGUUUAAGAUCCAGCAGCUGGCCAUUUCUGGACUGAAAGUGAACCGCCUGGAUAUGUAUGGAGAAAAGUACAAGCCCUUUAAGGGCAUAAAAUACAUGACCAAAGCCGGGAAGUUCCAGGUUCGAACCUGAAGGAUCUGCCUUGCUGAAGGAGCAGUCAUGAACACUUUUUCAUUUCCUACUUGUCUAAAAGUAAAAUGUCAGCCUGUUUCUUAGGUCAGUUCCCUCCAGGCCCCACCUGCUCCCUUUCGUCCUCUGUCUUCAGUGCCGUGUAACUGAUCCAGGGAGCAAAGGUUCAUCAGGGGAAAGUGGCCGACCCAGCGUGGCACUGAGUUCUAGAGAAGUGUGUGGCAGAGAGCAGUGAGACAUACUGUAUUUCACUACUGUUAAUAUGGCUGCCAGCAGAACAGACCAGCGUUUGCUGUUCGUUUGGCUUUAUUUAUCUAAAUCAAAUGGAAGAUGUCUCUGUUGACUCUUUUAAGAUAGAAAGACUUGAAAGAAAAAAAAAAAGAUGAGAAGAAAAAUGAGUGUUAGUCCAAGAAAGAGCCCUUGCAGAUUUGAUGCGUGGGUCGGGGCUGUAACUCGGUGUUGGAGUACUGACCUAGGUUGUAUGCCAGCGCUGGUUCAUUGCCAGCACCACCCACUGUACAAGCCAGCUCUGCUCCACAAGGGACGAGACAGAGAAGACAGCGUGAAGAGAGUUGUGGAGAGGUGUGCCAUAGCGGAGGGCUGGUGAGAAGAGAGUCCCCACAGGACCUGGAAGAACAGAGCAGAGAGCUUUCUUUCUGACCCUUCUCAUGUACAGAAAGGAUUUGCAUGUCCAGCACCUUGAACAUUCAAGUCCACACUUGACAUGAAACACAGCGGGAUCAGUUUCCCUGGGAGACUAGGGUGCGGUGGCCUGGCUGUAGGUUCUUGCCUGCUGUUUGUGCUGGCCCAUUGUCUUGGUGGGAAGGCGACUUGCCAGAGCAGUUUAUGGGCUUUUGCUGGUUAUCUGAAUCCUCUGGGGGAUGUCUCCGCCGAAAACACACACAUAUCAGCAGUGUUUAGUGCAGCCAGGUUUUAGGAGUUGUAGUAGUGGAGUUGAGGUGGGAACUUGCACCCCACAUUGCUGGACCACACCUUCACUCGGUGACCUCCAUUAAUGUUUGUGAGGCUGGCCUGGUCCUGCACCUUGCCUUUUCCUGUCUGAAGGUCCCAUGAGAAACCCUGAGUGGGCGUGAGGGGUGCACGAGUCAGCCCUCCACCGUACACUAUGGACCGCAGACAGUUCCCAGUCCACUCUUCAGACAGAAAAGGUGUCUUGAAGCUUUGAAUAAAAUCAGUGCCAUCGGAGGACAGGCUGGUUUAAUCCUGAGUGACUCACCAGUGUAAACCAUGGCAGCCGAAGGAGCAUGACUUCCCUACAGAGCGUUUCUCAGUCUGUUUCAGUGUGUCUGUUACUCAUUGUGGCAUCUACAUAAAAGGCAAACGUGUUGUUUUUAACUUACAGCUUAGAGAGCCACUGUGCUCUCCUGGAGGGAAAGGAAGACCUGUUUCCUUCAAUCUGCACGACUCUCCCCUAAAGUCCUUUUUCUACGUACUUGUGCUUUAUUUCGCUUUUCUUCUCUUUCUCUUUCUUUUCUUUCUUUCUUUCUUUUUUUUUUUUUUUUUUUUUUUUGGUUAGUUUUAUCUUGCUUGUUUUCGCUGCUGAGUGGUUAGUUUCUUUGUGGUUUUCUUGUGGGGUGAACUGUGCUGAGUACAAUCAGAUGUUUCUUCCUGCUCCCCUCCAGAGUCUGGACCCACAUACCUGCCAUGGAGGGGGCACGCUGCAGGUGGCUUUCCACAGUCACUUCCCCAGGGAACUAUUUGUAUUGGUUCGGUGAAUAUGUUCAGGUUUGUAAGGGCACCGAAUAGCUUGUUUUCCCGGGAGGAGGCAGUGUCAGAGUUUGGGGCCUAUAGGCCUAGAUGCGGAGGAUAUACCCAAGCCUCACCCUCCCCACCCGGUGACUGUCAGUCAGCAAUGGCUGGGCAGGGUGUCUCACUCCAUGUGUGGUCCGUGUGCAGAAGUAGCAUUUCUGUUUAAGUCUUAAUAAAGCUUUUCCAGCCCUGCG